AUGGAUUCUCUACAAACAGUUAUGGACGAGGCACACGAACAAGGCCAAGAAAAGUAUCUGGUCGCACCAUUUGAGGACUUUCCUGAGAACCACAGCUGCGAAUGCCCCUCGUGUCAAAGGUCCUCUCUAUAUUACCACUACCCUAUCCGUUUAUUCCUGGUUGGGCUUAUAUUCCCUCUCGCCUCGAUCUGUAACGUGGGGCUAUACAUAUGGUGUCAAUUCUACCUAGACCACAGAGUAGCUCACCCCCCACUAUCCGAAUAUGACUACCCGACACAGUACGAGGCUAGCACGCGGGAAACAAGGUCCCAUUUCAAGCUCAGCGAGAGUACGUGGCAAGAGACUGAGCUUAUGAACGGCAGUGAAUUGAGCCUAUCAGGGAAUGAGGAGACGGUAGUUGUCCACCGCGCAGAUGAGGACCCGCACUCUGACAAUGACGUGGACAGCGAUCGUGCCCUCCAGACGACCCGUUACCGCCAUUUGAAGGAAGUAGUCGAGGAAGUUGUGGGUACGCAUGUGAGGCUGAGAAAGCAUUACACCACCUGGAUGCUCAGAACUCUAUGUUCGCUGGCCGGGCAAACGAUAGCUAUAGUGCUUCUUUCAGUCUUACUUACCAAGAGGGCAUAG